AUGGCGACUAAAAUCCGCACGCCCGAACAAAAGGACUCUCGACUGGAAAUGUAUUCUGACAUCUUGAAAACCAUCAAGAAACUGGGGCCUCCUCAACCAGGACAACCAUUCAAAUUUACAGUGGGCGAAUCAUGUGAUAGGAUAAAAGAAGAAUUUAGUUUCCUUCAGGCGCAAUAUCAUAAUUUAAAAUUAGAAUGUGAAAAACUGGCGAGUGAAAAGAUAGAAAUCCAAAGGCAUUACGUAAUGUACUACGAAAUGUCCUACGGAUUAAACGUCGAAAUGCAUAAACAGACUGAAAUAGCCAAGAGACUGAACGCCAUCAUUGCCCAAAUCCUCCCUUUUCUAUCACAAGAACAUCAACAGCAAGUCGCCACAGCUGUCGAAAGGGCGAAACAAGUUACCAUGACAGAACUGAACGCAGUCAUAGGGGUAAGCCAACAAAGGACAGACCUUCCUGGGAUACUCCGACAGAUGCAGUCUCAGCACCUGCCGACGCAUGCAGCGCCACCUAUCCCCAUGAUGCCCCACCCAAGUUUGGCGGGUGCGCCGCCUAGCUCCGCCGCUAGCCUCUUGGGGCUCUCGGGGGCCCUGCCCGCCCAACACCCGCUUUCCAUGUUGGCGUCGAAGCCGGACCUGCAUCGACCUGACGAUAAAUCGAGUAGCGAGAAGUUCGAUAUCACCCGCCGAAAAAUAUAGACCAAGGACACCACAGGAACCUGAGCUGAAGAAGCCCAAAAAAGAAGAGAAGGACCUUGGGCACCAUAGCGACGGCGAAAAAAGUGACCAAGACCUAGUGGUCGACGAUGCGUCUGAAGACCCAGUAUCCCCCCCGAACGGCACCAGCUCCCCCCGUGAGAACGGCUUGGAUAAGAUGCCCAAAAAGGAACACCCCGGACCGCACAGCCCUAGAUCGGGGACGUCGAGCAACGCCUCAACACCCUCGACGAAAAAAAUGGAAGAUAAACCGUCGACGCCGAUUUCGAAAUCUGUAACGCCGACAUCUGCCGCAGGUUCCUCUUCGGGGGUCGGAGGCAUGAAGCCUGUCAAGCAGCAGGGAGGGCUCGGGCAGUAUCCCCCUUCGUAUCUGAUGGCAAAUGGUGCAGGUCCACACGAAUUACAAGCUGCAGCUGCUGCGGGAAACUAUGCUGGCCUGCACAAUAACAUCCCUCCGGCGGCUUUAAAUAACUACCCCAGACCCCCCUUGCAAGUCGCUUAUGAUCCACAUUCUCAAAUGAGGGCCCCAGUUGUACCAGGACUUGGAGCUAUUGCUGGAGGAAAACCGGCCUAUUCUUUUCACGUCAGUGCAGACGGUCAGAUGCAACCGGUUCCUUUUCCUCCAGACGCCCUGGUAGGUCCAGGGAUUCCCCGCCACGCUAGACAAAUAAAUACCCUCAGCCACGGAGAAGUCGUGUGUGCAGUCACCAUCUCCAACCCCACCAAAUAUGUGUAUACGGGCGGAAAAGGGUGCGUUAAGGUAUGGGACAUAAGCCAACCAGGAUCCAAGAGUCACGUAUCACAGUUAGAUUGUUUGCAACGUGACAAUUACAUAAGAUCUGUGAAACUGCUUCCUGAUGGUAGAACUCUGAUAGUAGGAGGAGAAGCCAGCAACCUUUCGAUAUGGGACCUAGCGAGUCCCACACCACGAAUCAAAGCAGAAUUGACGUCAAGCGCUCCAGCUUGUUAUGCACUUGCCAUCAGCCCGGAUUCAAAAGUUUGCUUCAGCUGUUGUUCUGAUGGUAACAUCGCCGUCUGGGACUUACACAACCAAACCCUAGUUCGACAAUUCCAAGGUCACACUGACGGCGCUUCUUGCAUAGACAUCUCUUCGGAGGGCACGAAACUCUGGACGGGCGGCCUGGACAACACCGUGCGUAGCUGGGACCUCCGCGAGGGCAGACAACUGCAGCAGCACGACUUCAGCUCGCAGAUCUUCUCGCUGGGCUACUGCCCAAUGGGCGAAUGGUUGGCCGUUGGUAUGGAAAACAGCAAUGUAGAGGUGCUGCACGCCAAUAAGCCUGACAAGUACCAGCUGCACCUGCACGAGAGCUGCGUGCUUAGUCUGAGGUUCGCCGCUUGCGGGAAGUGGUUUGUGUCGACCGGAAAGGACAAUUUAUUAAAUGCCUGGCGGACGCCUUAUGGAGCUAGUAUAUUCCAGUCGAAAGAAUCUUCAAGCGUGUUGAGUUGUGACAUUUCAGCAGAUGACAAGUACAUCGUGACUGGAUCUGGCGACAAGAAAGCGACGGUGUAUGAAGUGAUGUACUAAGAGGACACAGUGAAAAAGAUGAAAGAAAAUAAAACACUCGGUGUAGUUAAAAAUUAAUGAAAUUGUGAUAAUUAUGUGUAAUAAACAAUUGCGUAUUUAAAAACUGUCACAUUCAAAAGAAAUUAUAGUGAUCUGACGCGAGUUGCUAAAUUUUUUCAACGCAGUGAUCUCUCAUGACAAUUCAAAUACUUUUUUAUUUAAAUAUGUAAAUACUUAUGACUAUUAAUUAUUGUUGCGAAAAUGGAAAGUGAUUAUUUCGUGAAUACUUAAUUUUUUUAUAUAUGAUUUUUAUGAAAUUGGUCAUUUAUGUUUCUGAUGGACAUGUAUAUAUGUUACAGUAAGCAGGAGACGCGCAUUGUUUUCCUAUAUUUUCUUUUUGUUAUUUAAUAUGUAGCCAGCUCGGAAUGCAAAAGUGAAGAUGUAUACAGGAACACACAAAUGUAUAUUGUCUAUAUAUUUGUAAUUAAUGCUAGUAUUGAUAAUAAAUCUAUUCAAUUGAA